AUGGGUAAUACAUCAUCUUCUACUGAUGAAGAUAAUAAUUCGACUUUGCCAUUCAGCUCUGGUUCAUCAUUACGAUCUAGAAUUCUCAUCGAAGCUGAAUCACUACGAACUGAAGCACAGCAACUAAUGUUCCAAGCGAAAGCAGUGUCGGAACAAUCUCAAAUUGCAUAUCGUUCUGGUCAUAAAUCGGAAGCAAAAAUAUUAUCAAUAAAAAAAAUCAAUCUCUACAGACAGAUGAAUGAAAAAAACCAACAAGCUGCGGAAUUAAUUUUUAAACAUUUUAACCAGGAUCGUCCAAAUAAUGUCAUCGAUUUACAUGGUCUUUACGUUGAAGAAGCAUUGCAAUAUUUGCAAAAAAAAUUAGAUGAAUGCCGUUCAAAAAAUAAAUCACAAUUAAUAAUUAUUACAGGGAUAGGAAAUAAUUCCCAAGACAAAAUAGCAAAAAUUAAACCAAAAGUUAUCGACACAAUAAUCAUUUCAAAACAAAAACCAGAAUAUGUAGGAUUCGCUGUUAUACCACCAAAUUAA